AUGAACAAUUUCGGCGGUCAGACCCCUACGAUUGUGGUUCUGAAGGAAGGAACCGAUGCUUCACAGGGCAAGGGACAGAUCAUUAGUAAUAUCAACGCGUGUAUUGCUAUCCAGGACACGUUGAGACCCACGUUGGGUCCACUUGGUUCAGAUAUUCUCAUUGUUGGCAACAGAGGCGAGACCACCAUCUCUAAUGAUGGAGCUACUAUUUUGAAAUUGCUUGAUGUGGUCCAUCCAGCUGCCAAAGUUCUGGUGGAUAUCUCCCGUGCUCAAGAUGCAGAGGUUGGUGAUGGUACCACCUCAGUUACCCUAUUAGCCGGCGAAUUGCUGAAAGAAAGUAAAGCAUUUGUCGAGGAAAACGUUUCUACUCACACAAUUAUUAAAGGAUACAGAGCAGCUGCUAGAUUAGCAGUGGACAAGAUCCGCAACGAACUGGCAGUCAAGAUUGAAAAAUCGGACCCCAACCAAUUCCGAGAAUUAUUAGAACGAUGUGCAUCGACGGCCAUGUCAUCCAAACUCAUUCACAACAAUUCGGAUUUCUUCACUAAAAUGGUAGUCGACACAGUAUUGACCCUGGAUCAGGAUGAUCUUAAUGAGAAACUCAUUGGUAUCAAGAAGGUGCCAGGAGGUGCCAUUGAAGAUACCAUGUUUGUUGACGGAGUGGCAUUCAAAAAGACGUUUGCAUAUGCCGGAUUUGAGCAACAACCCAAAAAGUUCACCAAUCCCAAGGUUCUAUGUUUGAAUGUCGAAUUAGAAUUAAAAGCCGAAAAGGACAAUGCUGAAGUGCGUGUGGAGCAAGUUUCCGAGUACCAGGCAGUUGUCGAUGCUGAAUGGCAGAUCAUUUACAACAAAUUAGAAGCCAUUGAGGCAUCUGGUGCUAAUGUAGUGUUGUCCAAGCUGCCAAUUGGCGAUUUGGCUACCCAGUACUUUGCUGACAGGAACAUUUUCUGUGCCGGUAGAGUGAGUUCUGACGAUAUGAACCGUGUUGUGUCUGCAGUUGGAGGAUCUAUUCAAUCGACCUGUUCUGACAUUCUUCCUGAGCAUCUUGGAACUUGUGAUAAUUUCGAGGAAAAGCAAAUUGGUGCUGAGAGAUACAAUUUCUUCACUGGCUGUCCUAAAGCCAAGACAUGCACUUUGGUUCUGAGAGGAGGAUCUGACCAGUUCAUUGCCGAGGUCGAGCGGUCUCUUCAUGACGCUAUCAUGAUUGUUAAGAGAUCAGUGAAAAAUAAUACCAUUGUUGCUGGAGGAGGUGCCUGUGAGAUGGAAAUCUCCAAGUAUCUUCGUGAGCACUCGAAGACUAUUCCUGGCAAACAACAACUGAUUAUUGCGGCCUUUGCCCGUGCUUUAGAGGUGAUUCCCCGACAAUUGUGCGACAAUGCCGGUUUCGACGGCACAGACCUGCUCAACAAGCUCCGAAUGCGUCAUGCCAAGGGCGACAAAUGGGCCGGCAUCGAUUUCGACACCGCCGGUAUCUCUGACAACUACGCUCGUUUCGUCUGGGAGCCGGCUCUCGUGAAAAUCAACGCUCUGCAAUCUGCUACCGAAGCAGCCUGUCUUAUCCUCUCUGUCGACGAAACUGUCAAGAACGAAGAAAGUGCUGCUCCUCAGACAGGUCCCCCCAUGCCCCAAGGUGCUCCACAACGAGCUCUUCAAGGCCGUAUGCCCCGUUAA